UUUGGCGUCCCGCAGCGGCCAAUAGGAAGGCUGGAUGUCCGUGUCAAACACAGCUGAUCGUCGAGGAGACAGACGAGCCGAAACGGUCCCACUUGUUGCUGAGCAGGAGCAGCGAACAUCAGCUGACGGUCGAGCUCGGAUCCAGCUUCACUUUCCAUCCUCGGAUCUGUCGGUAAACGUCCAGAACUCUCCGCUGCAGCCCGAACAGCGCGUCCGUUCACCGACACACCGCCGCUGCCUCUGCGGAUCUCAGUCUGGUUUGAUGUCUGGGUCAGUCUUGUAUCCAUGGCCGUGUGGACGCAUCAGUCUGGUUUGUGGACUCCUUCUCCUGGCCUCCUCACCGCUCCUCACUGCAGGCCGAAUGGGCAACUGCUCUCACCCUCUGGUGCCAGAACACGGAGGUUUCCGCUGUGAUCCGUCCCCGUGUCGAGGUUUCCUCCAUAAGAGCACCAUCCAUCUCUUCUGUGAGCCCGGAUACCACAUCAGGAGCAAGUACCGAGUCUCCAAGUGCCGCCACGGGAUGUGGCAGCCUGCGAUACCGACCUGCGUCCCUAUCAAAGAGGGUCCUAACAUGAACUCUGAUGACAGAGUGAAUGACUCGAUGCCCAGCAUGGCCACAACAGCGGUGGGUGUGUCCAUCUUCCUGCUCACCACCACUGCCUGCCUGGUUGUCAAGUCCCGCCUCUACCCCUGUCAAUCACACAGCCGUCGCUCCUCAGACCAGCUGGACCUGAUGGCGGACGGCCUUCCUGUCCCCCUCCCCUCCUACGAGGAGGCGGUGUACGGCAGCUGGGGGCAGCGCAUCCCAGCCUGCUCCGCUCCAGGACCCACCCAGCUCCUCUUGGCUCAGGAGUCCCCCAGCUGUCACCAGUCACCUCAAUCUGAUGGCAGUCACCACCCCCUCCUGUCCAGCCAGAGCCCUGAUAACCCCCCACCCCCAUACGAGGAGGUCCAGUCAUCGCAUCCCAGAGACAGGAUGAAUGACGAGGACGUCCAGCAGCUACAUGUCGCACUUUCAGAUGACAAAGACACUUGAUGGACAGACUGUGGGGUUCAAACUGUUUGUGAGACUGAAGAUUUGAUUGACAGCUAAUUGCUGCAGUGCAGUGUUUACUCUGCAGAUGAUUACAGCCCAAUGACGGCUGACAAAAACCACGGACUGACAUCAGACUCCUGUGCUGCCUGCACUUUUCCUGGUUGGCUGCAGCUCACCAGCAUCAGGACGCUCUGUCCUAUCACACGCUAUUUUAGAUAAGCUCUGAUUGGCCUGUUGUAACGUCACAAAGACUCGAGGAGGACUGAAGUGCAUUCAUAAAUUAAUGUUGAUUGUAUACUGUGUUGUAUGAAUGUAUGUGACAGGAGAGAGAGUUUAUGUGUUGUCGGGUGAAAAGCUUUUAUCCAGAAUGUAUUAAAAUGUAAUAUUUUGUUAUGUAGUAUUUUAUUUGUAAUAAUUAUAAUAUAUUUUUAAAUGAGAUUAAAUAUAAAAAAUCCCCCCAAACUGGAAUUAUGAGGUUUUCAGAGGACAGCAGUAAUAUACAAGUGGAAGUGCCUCUGUGUGUGUGUGUGUGUGUGUGUGUGUGUGUGUGUGUGUGUGUGUGUGUGUGUGUGUGUGUGUGUGUGUUUUCAGUGUUGCUCUGGAGACGUCGUCCAUCCUUCCCGUCAGUGACGGUUGUUCGAGGCUUCCGUCGUGAAGUCAGUGUAGACUUGCUGUUGCAGAAACCUGCAUGUUUCCACGGUAACCGGCUCUAUUCAAUUUCUGUCUGAGAGUUUUUGUACAGCGUUUCUCUUUGAGUCUAACUGGACUGUGUGUUGUGGAUUUGAAGUCAGCGUGGUGAACACACUCGGGUAACUGAUGGUGACUUUGUGAAACUCAGUCUGGACCAACAGCAUGUUGUGAUGUUUAUAAAAAAACAAUGUUCAUGUUGUGUACGCAGAUAUUUAGAGACCUGAAAAUGGUUGGAAACCAAACGGUCUGUUAAAGUGUUUCUCCUGUGUUCAUAAAGUGGUGAGUGAAGUGAAACAAUGAAGAAUAUUUAAAUUAAAAAUACAGUAAAAGCUGCAUACUGACUUAACAGUACAUUUAUUUGCCCUGGUGGCUUCGGUGCUUUCAUUCAAAGAGUGAUCCAAAAAACUAUUUUCAUUACACAACCUGCAAAAAAAAAAAACCUCACAGAAGUUGGACCAAACUCCAAAAUGAGCAGAACUGAUCAGAUAAAUGUCCUCACCUCACCUGGCUGUUCCUCUGCAGAGCGACUGACGCCUUCACAGACCUUGAAUGUAAUUUAUGUUUUUGUGCCAACAAAUUAACUAUUCUAUGGAUUGUAAUACAAAUUAUUUGUAUAUUGUAUUAUUGCACAUAAUUCUAUUAUAAAUAAAUAAAUGUUGAUAUACUU